AUUGUAAGGACGUGCCUCCCCACCUUAGAGAUUCCACAUUGUUUGAAAAUGGCUGAUAAUGUUGCAAAAUUUACAUUUGUACCACUUGCUAAAUCGUUUUCUUGUUUGGAAUCUAAGGAUAAUCAAGAAUAUUUUUUAAAAUGGUCUAUAAAAAACAGAUUGCAUGCAACAAUGUUUACAUUUGAUCAGUAUUUUCAGCCUUAUGAAAUAAACAAAUUUGCAUUGGAUUUCUUCAAAGAUGCCAAUGUGACCGCUAAUAUAAAAGUGACAAGUGAGUCAGGCUCCACUUCAUGCCUAGGUAUAAAAGCUGAAAAAGUUGAAGUCAAAACCGUGCCGUGUUCAAUUCUGUCUAUGACAUUUUUUGACAAGAUCAUGGAUGGAGAGGUAGCAAGGGAGAAUGGUGACAUUAAAAAGUGUUUUGAUGAGUUCCAGCAGGACUUUACCAUCAGUGAUAAUCUUCGCCAGAUGCUCCUGAAUGAAGACUCGGAUGUUUACUGUCAAUACAAUGAACAGGAAAGAGAAGAGUUUCUGUUCUUGCUGUUCUCACAUCUUUGUCUUGGGGGCAGGCUGUGCCAGUUUGAAGACAAUGUACAACCUUACAUGGAUGUAGCCAAAGCUCUGUACAAAGAUCUCAUUAGUGUUCAAAAGAAUGCAGAUACAAAACAACUAUCGAUUAUCUCUCAUGUAUUUAAAGUUUACUGUUAUGAUGCCAAAGGCCAGAUGUAUUUCCCGUCCACCAAGAGACACACUCAAGACUUUGCCUACCUCGUCAUAGAUCCACUCAAGAGAACUGUCACCUGUUUGUCGCAUACAUUCGGAACAAGUUUCUAAAACAGCAACAGCAAAAACCUUUAGAAAUCUUUUUUUUCCUCUUUGAUUGUUAUUGUUUCGUUUUUUUUUUCCUUUUGUAUUUCUAUUUUGUUCACACUUUUAAAGAAAUCUUAUGAGAAGACAGUUGUGCAUUCUUUUCUUUAAUUUAACAUUUUGAAUGUUCGACAAGUUUAAAACGUUAGGGUUUUAAAAAAAAAAAUGUUGACAUUGAUCAAAUGAAGCUCUGUACAUUAGAUGAAGCGGCUGAGCGUGCCAGAUUUAAAGUGCAUUUUCUAUUGGACAAUUUCAUUUCGUUUUCUGCAUCAAGUAAUAAUCGCGUCAUUAAUAAUUGGCCAUGUCAAUAUUGUAAUGCAUUCAAUCAUUGGGUUAAUGCUCAUCUUUUCAAUGAAAUUCACUGUUUCAAUCUAGGUUUUAAUGUUCUUGAAUAUUAAUUUAAAAUAAUUAGAUAAUGUUUGUCUUUUUAAAUAAACUACUAUCGGCAUACAUAUCAAACUUCCAGAGCAGGGCUUAUUGACCGUGAUCCCAACUAGAGUCUAUACGUUUUGUUCAUGUUCAAUAUAGACCUACAACAAUGCAGUUUAACAAAAAUGAAGUAGGCUAUAAGAAAGCAAUGCUUGAGGAAGCAAGCAGAUUUAAUAGACAUUUUGUUGUAGUCUUCCCUAGAGCUCGCCGCCUAUCUAAACAUCCAAGUGUUAGAUUGAAAUAGCUCUGACUGGUGUGAUAUGAUGAAAUAGUUGAGUGUGAGGUGUAAGAGUUGUGACAGGAAUCAAUGUGUAAAUGAUGUUUCUCAGUGACCUGCGACUGGAGUAAGGGAUGAAUGUGUACCAUAAAUAGAUACUAGGUUUGAAGGCUGACACAUAUUUUUACCCGUUGUAUUUAUUUUUUGCUCGUAAAGAGCACCCAAUAUGAAUUAAGUUAACAUUUUAAACUGUUCUAUCUGCCAGUAGGAAACUUGCUGUGCUGUUACCCCAUUUUUUUUUUUUUCAUUUCGAGAAGUGGAUUAGAAUUUCUCAUUAGUGAACCGUUGAUUAACUUUCAGUGUUUUUCUUGUCAGUGUUAGCAGUGACGCAGAGCAGUGAAUGUUGUACAGAAGCUAAGAGAAUAGCCUGACAGUUUGGUUUCUGAACCGGGGGUUCUGAGUUCGAAUCCUUGUGAAGACUGGGAUUUUAAAUUUCGGGAUCUUUGGGCCGCCUCUGAGUCCACCCAGCUCUAAUGGGUACUUGACAUUAGUCUGGGAAAAGUAAAGGCGGUUGGUCGUUGUGCUGGCCACAUGACACCCUCGUUAACCGUGGGCCACAGAAACAGAUGAACUUUACAUCAUCUGCCCUAUAGAUAACACGGUCUAAAAGGGGAAUGACUUUAAUUUAUUAACUCUGAGCUAACGUAGAUCUUUACAGCCAGUUAUUGUGUUUCGUGUACCCAGAAAAUGGAACUUUGAUUGCCUAACUCUAAAUGCUUUUAAGUUUAUUUUAGGUGAAUUGGUAGCUACCAAGAACCGUAGAGUAUUAGAGUGAAAAGUCUUUUAUGAUGUAACAUUAAAUAGAUCACUGUUUACAAAUGGAUUGAAAUGGUUGAAUGUAGUCUUUGAUGAGAUGAUUCAAUAAAAAAAAUAUUUUUACAUCAUAGACAUCUGUUUGUGUGUUAUGUUCUGAUAAUUGUUUUUUUUUUAAUGGACUGCAAAUGUCAGAAGGAAACAAAUAAGUUUAGACAUUACGUAAACUAUUAAAUGUCAACUUCAUGUCACAUUAAAAUCUGUGUUGUCACUGUGGUCACGUGGCGUAUUAAUAUCAUGACCAAGUUGAAAUGAAAACCUUUAAUACAAUC